AUGCCGCCGCGCCGUCGUGGAACUUUUGGCUACCGCGGCGUCCGCGCGCGCCCCUUCGGCACGUUCUACUUCGAGAUCCGAUCCGGCGAGAUGCGCCUCGGCCUCGGCAUGUUCGACACCAUCGAGGAAGCCGUUCGCGCGUUCGACGCGGCGGCGUGGCGCCUGAACAGGCCUCGAAGGGAGAUGAACUUCCCCGAGGUGAUGACGAUGGAGUUGGCGGAGAACCUUGCGCCUCAUCCACGGGUAGUCACCGACGAGGACCGUCGCCGGAACCGUAGGCGGGAGCGUCGUCUCAUCAUUGCUGAGAUGGACGAGCAUGCCAUGGAGGCAUGGCGCCGACAGUUCCCGGAAGGAGUCCUCGACAAGCGCCAAUUCUUCGAGCAAAGGAGGGAGGAGAGGGCGGAGAAGAGGGCGGAGCAAGCUGCCUAUCGUGCAGAUAGGCGUACGCGUCUGAAGAAAAGCUCUGAUUCAGUUAGGGUGAGCUAG